CGUAUUGCGACUUCUACCUAUAAACAUCCCUGACACGAGCUCGGUCCGAUAAGAUGUAUACGGGUUGUUUUCUGCGGUAUGGAGGACCCGAGAGAGAUGCGGCGCGGCUCGGAGGCUUCCACGUUAGCUCCUAACGUGAUGUUAGUUUUAACUGAUAUGGGCGAAGACGCCUGUAUUUUACGACAGUGGCAGCUAAAGUAAAGGUGGUCAGGAUGGGGGAGCGGGCCGUCGGCGGCCCCGUGGCUUCGAUCUCUCCGGUGCAGCAGAUGCUGGCCUCUGGCACUGGAGCCCUCCUCACAUCUAUAUUUGUCACACCGCUGGACGUUGUGAAGAUCAGGCUGCAGGCUCAGCAAACACCGUUCCACCAAGCUUUAGCCUGUGAAUCUGCUCCGUGGGGCGGCGUCACCCGCCCGUCAAAAUGGAAGUGUUUCCUGUAUUGUAACGGGCUGAUGGAUCACAUCUACGUCUGUCAGAACGGGACCAGUUGCACCAGCUGGUACAAAACACCGACACAUUUCAGAGGGACUGUGGAUGCUUUUGUGAAAAUCAGCCGACAUGAAGGAUUCAGGUCUUUGUGGAGCGGGCUGCCGCCGACACUCGUCAUGGCGGUGCCUGCCACUGUCAUCUACUUCACCUGCUACGACCAGCUGAGAGACUUCCUGAGAUACGGUCUGGGUUUUCAGGGCAGCUACGUCCCUCUUGUUGCUGGAGGUCUGGCCCGAUUGGGGGCGGUGUCGGUCAUCAGUCCUCUGGAGCUGGUCCGGACUAAGAUGCAGUCCCGUCGACUCUCCUACAGCGAGCUGCGGGUGUGUAUCCGCUCUGCCGUGGCCCAGGACGGCGUGCUGUCUCUGUGGAGGGGCUGGGCGCCGACCGUCCUCCGAGACGUUCCCUUCUCUGCUUUGUACUGGUUUAACUACGAACUGGUGAAGGCCCAGCUGUGUGAACAGGCCCGAACGCCUCAGGCCAACGUCUCCAUCAGCUUCACUGCAGGAGCCGUCUCUGGAGCUAUCGCUGCGAUCCUGACGCUGCCUUUCGACGUGGUGAAGACUCGGAGGCAGAUCCAGCUCGGAGAGAUGGAUUCUCUGGGAGUUUCCCUGCAGAAAACCACGUCCACAUGGCACAUAAUGAAGGAAAUAUGGGCUGAGCUCGGCUACAGAGGCCUUUUUGCAGGUUUCAUGCCCAGAGUGAUCAAAGUGGCCCCAGCCUGUGCUGUCAUGAUCAGCACCUACGAGUUUGGGAAGACGUUUUUCCAGAAGAUGAACCUCGAUCGAGAGCGACUGGCGUCCUGAAGGGUGUGGGGUGUUUCUCAGAGGCAGAAGCACAUGCAGACAUUAUUAUUAUCACAGGAGAUUUAGGAUGAAGUCUCCUCAGACUUGGUCCUAAAUCUCUGUUUCCAGCCUGAGGAACAGGAGAGCUUUGGAUGGAGAACAUUUCAGGGGGUGUCACUCCCUGUAAAUCUGCUCUUAACAGACUGAUUGGACUUGAAACAAUAUCUUCAACCACAAGCUUUAACAUCGAGCCUGGAUACUGUGGGAAACUCUGGGACCAGAGACUUUUCAUGUGUUGAUUCAAGUAAACUUUUUGUGCAGGAAGGUUGUGUGAGGUUUAAUGAUUAAUGGGGAAAAAUCAGACUUCCAGCUGUGUCAGUACUGUAGCAUGAGUGUGAGGAAAACGUUCUCAGAUCUUUUAUUUCCCAUUGCCUGACAAACUGCAUGGCCCCCAUCUAAAACUGAAGCUACAUAAAAAGCUGGUCCACCACAUUACCCUGCAUUCCUGUGGCAGUAAAUCGUGACAUUUUUGACUUUUAUCUACUGAGUAGAUGACUGACAAAUCCGUUUUGUGUGCUCAUUAGAUUUGACUGUUUGUAGCACUUUACAUUUGCAACACAAGAGCUGUGAAACGAAACCACAAAAAAUAACUACAGGUAGGUUUUUAUGUUUGUUGAAUGUACUCUGCUUUUCUGUUCUUGUAACUGGAGGAAAGCCAUAGUGAAAGAGACACACAAGGCAAUGUUAAAACAAGCCUUCUUGGAUGAUUGGUGCAUGGAUUUUAAUAUUUAAUGCUCUAAAUAUAUUCCAAGAAUUAAUGACUAUUUGAGCAGAAUAUGUGAAAACCACUGCAGCCAGCUUUCGCCAAGACUUUUUAGGUGAUGGUUUAGCAAAAAACAAAAGGCUUUCCAAACAUCCACCAGCUAAUAAAAUACUUAGUAUGUCUACAAUAGACAAACAUCAAGACUUGUUACAACACUGGGACAUAAAACAAAAUAUUGCUGCCUUAACCUAAAAAGGUGUAUGUGUGUAUCUUGUUUUUUUAUGAAUGAAAUAGUAAUAAAUGUUAAGUCAGCUUGA